AAGUGGCUAGUAGUUUCAGAGCAGAAACACUGGUGUGACAUUGAAAGGACUGUAUCUCUUUUUCCUUGCAAAAAGGACUUGUUUUUUGGGAAUUUUUGGUUUUAGCAUCAUCUGGAGUUUUCCCUGAAUCCUUUGGCUGGAUAGACAAUUGGCUGUUUCAGAGCUGUGCUGGCUGUCCAGUUUCUGUCCACUUCAUGUGGAGCUCCAGGUCACCAUGGGCAAAACCCACCAGAAAGACAAAAAACACAGUAAUAAGGAGAAAUCAGGGAGGAAUAAUGAGGAUUCACGUCCUUCACAAAAGCUCAGCGAGCCGUUCAGCUGGGAAAUGUACUUGAGAGAGACUUCAUCAUGUCCUGCUUCCCCCAGCUGUUUCAGACAGUCAAGAGUCCCUCCCAGUAAUGAUUUUAAAGUGGGGAUGAAAGUGGAGGCUUGUGACCCGAGAAAUUCCACCUCAAUGUGUAUCGCCACAGUGAUGGGAUUAAUGGGCGUGCGUCUGCGGCUCAGACUGGAUGGCAGUGACAGCACCAAUGAUUUCUGGCGACUGGUUGACUCCUCUGACAUUCAGCCGAUCGGCACGUGUGAGAAGAGUGGAGAUAUGUUACAGCCACCACUGGGGUUCAGAAUGAAUGCCUCUUCAUGGCCCAUGUUCUUAUUAAAAACAUUAAGUGGCGCAGAGAUGGCUCCAGCUUCAGCCUUUAAAAAGGAGCCACCCAAACCUACUCAGAACUUCUUUAAACCUGGUUUGAAACUGGAAGCGGUGGACCGAAAGAAUCCCUACCUCAUUUGUCCCGCUACCGUCAGAGAGGUGAGAGGGGACAAGAUAUUCAUCAUGUUUGAUGGCUGGAGAGGAGCGUUCGAUUACUGGUGUCAGUAUGACUCCAGGGACAUCUUCCCCGUGGGCUGGUGUCAACUGACCAACCACAGUCUGCAACCUCCCGGCAACAGCUUCACGUUUUCAAAGACUUUUACUCCGGCACUGGGACAGUCCAGUCAGUCUUGGCGCUCCAUGCAGUCCCCGUACCGCCUGCCGCACCCCCUGCCCCCUCUGCCAGUGCGCAAGGGGGUACGAGGGAGGAGACCCAAGAGCCAGACCAUCGCCAUGCUAAAAGCAGCAGCCGAGGCAGCAGCAGCUGCAGCCGGCACGUCACCGAAUGGCCAAGCGCAGUCCAAUGCAGCCAAGAGUCCCAUGAGUUCACCGCUCACACCCAAACCAUAUAAAAAGAGGGGACCCAAACCUGGCAGCAAGAGGAAACAAAAGGUUCCUCAUUCACUUUCAAGCCCCACGUUGUUGUCCUCAGUGUCAGAUGGGAGACUGUCUAGUCUGCAGACAACAAGAGAAUCAGGAGUUGUGUCCACAGUUUGUGUGUAUGUGAAUAAACAUGGAGACCCAGGGCCACACCUGGACCGUAAACUGUUAUUGCAGCUGCCUGAUCAUUUCGGGCCGGGUCCCGUGAACACGGUCCUCCAGCAUGCAGUCCAAGCCUGCGUGGACUGUGCGUUUCAGCCCAAAGCUCUGUUCAGCUUCCUGCAGUCUCAGUCUGACGGAGGGGAAAUCAUCAGAGUUCGCUCAGAAGGAGGAAUCCACUAUGUCAAGCUCCCCACUGCCUCCAGUGCAUCGUUCGUUCUGCGCUUUCUAGAAACUCUUUGUCACCACCUGCAUUGUGAGAACCUGUUCAGCAGCCAGCCGUUCAGUCCACUAACUACUAACACUCACAAGCCAUAUGAAAGGAGUAAAUCAGUGAAAGAGGAGACAUCAGAAGCUUUGUCUGUAGCACGAGGUACGAGACGUUUCAACAGAGAUUCAGCAGCCUACACUGCUGCCCUGUCACCAAAACUACAGAGAACAGAAGCUCUGCCCUCAGACGAAACCAUCGCCCAUGCUGAAAAUGGUGCCACCACGGACCAGCAGUUCUCCGAAGAGUCAAUAGACUCGGCCUCCAAUUCCGUUGCCCCGCGACCCCCCGCACUAAGAAGCACGUCUGAGUAUCACACCCCGGCCGGAAGCAGCCCGCACUACCCCUCUCACCCCCCACCCCUCCGCAGACUCACCUCCAACCCCUCUGAGCUGGGACCUGCACGCACACACAGACGAGUGGAAGGUAGGCUAUCUGCUAGCUCAACCACUGGGCCUGAUCAUCGAGCAGCAGAGAAGGAUCUGACCAAAACGUCUAGUAAAAGUCCAUCAUCCUGGAGUAUAGAGGAAGUGAUGCAAUUUGUGCGUGAUGCUGAUCCACAAGCACUGGGCCCACAUGCAGAGCUCUUCAGGAAACACGAGAUUGAUGGCAAGGCCUUGAUGCUUUUAAGGAGUGACAUGAUCAUGAAGUACAUGGGGCUGAAACUGGGUCCUGCUCUUAAACUUUGCCAUCACAUUGAGAGACUCAAACAGGCAAAAUAGUAGCUGGAUCCACUAGAGGGCAACGGAGGAAAACGCAGGUUCUCUACAUUUCAGAGUCGAACCACAGACUUCAUUCAAGAUACAUGGAUAUUUAUUACCUGUGACAUUGAUGGUCAGAGGUCCAACAUAUUGACCCAUUUCAGCUGUACUCAUUCCUGCUGGUUCAAACGGUGGGGGAAAAAAACUGACCAGCAAAAUAUUGUCAUUUUUGUGGCAAAUGCAAGAAUUAACAUCACCAGAUUGACUUUUCAAAACUACCUAACUUUGCAUGAACAUUGUAUACAAGAAAUGUUCACUGGCUCUCAUCUAGGAAAAAAAAUCAGUGUAAAACUGCAGCUACAGACCUCAGUACCUCAGCGAUACGAUGCUCUGCGUUUUCAGACAAUGGAAGAGAAAGCUGAACUCCAAAGGAUUUCACUGUGUUAUGUAUUGUUUCUGGUACUGUCUACACGCACAGACAGCUUGUCAAAUGUUCACUUUCCACUGUAUUUCACACUUCAUUUACAUCUGAUGAAGAUGUAUUUGAAACACAUUAUGGACGUUGACUGACUAUGAAGGUUUUUGCUGCCAAUUAAUCAAAUUUCACCAUUUGGCAUAGUGUUUAUUUAAUUGGAGUUAUAUUGAGUUGUUUUUUGUUUGUUUUUCCUGUGACAUAAAUGGAAAUACACAAUCAUAUUUCAAAAUGUUCUGCUGUUUCAUAAAGUAACAGAGAAAAAAAUAAUAAAAAUGUAAUAUUUAAUUUAAGUGAUAUAAACCAAAAAUGGCUUUGUUGUGGUCUAUAAAAGGCAUCAAUUUUAAAAGCACAAAAUUUUACUUCUGACUGUUAGUGAAAACGUCAUUACUAUUGCUGUUUAACUCUAGAUCAUUACUCAGGACACUUGUACAAUACGUUUUCAUUUAUUCAUAUUUUGUUAAAACAGUCAUAAUGUCUUUUCCCUCUAAAAACUGAUUAUAUUAAUGUCCACACCAGCACUUCAGGUGAUCCAUGAAGUGGACGUAAUGUCACAUGGUCCUGAAAUUCAGAGGUUUAUCUGCAUGCUGAAUAAUGUACAGAACAUGCACCAAUCCCAGAUAUGUAUGUGGUUCUUUUUAUGUGUGUAUCAUACAAAUUUGUAUUUAGUUCAGUAUUCUGUCCUUUUUUUAUUUAAUAGUUAGAAAGUGUUGCCUUUUUUGAGCGCAUUGUCUGUUUAUAUCAUUGAUAAUGGAUUUUGUGACUUGGGGGAUGGAGCUUUUUGUUAUACACAUUUAUAUACAUACAUUUUUAGCUCCUUUUAGAUAAACUGUAUUUACUUUGCUCUUAUACUCAGGUUGGAAUAUUUUGUAUUUACUUAUUUGAACACUUUUCUACCAUUUGAAUAAAUGAUUGCAUUUA